AAAGUAAGGUACGGAGUUACUUCGUAAAAUCUGGGGAAUUGGAAGUCGAGGUUUCAAAAUCGAUCUCGAAAUCUCGAAUUCAAAUACCGGUAUUAUUACCAAGUCGAACGAGUCGCAGACCACUCUGCACAGCGCGGCAGCCCUUGUCUCGUCCAUUCCAAGCAUAUCCCACCCCGCUAAGAAUUUCUGCCUGAAAAUAGUUCUACGGGCUGUCAGAGCACACGACGUUCGUACGAAGGAAGCCUUUCCGAUUCCACCCAUCGGGGUUUGCUGACCUCACCGAGCCGACGCCUUUAGCCGUCUCGCGACGAAAGUCUGGCUUCUCCUUCUGAGUGCUCUUCUCCAGGGCCGUCCUGGUCCUCCUCUUUUCACUCCUACCCCUCGCUAUCCCGCAACCCUUCCUCUCAACGCCUGGCGUCCUCAACAUGUCCAAUGUCAACCCGCCAUACAAGUUCCGCGUGGCCAAACCCAACUACCUACCACACACCAUCGGCACCGAUCCCAUCGUCGAGGAGUACAACGUGCCUCUCAGCCAGCCCAGCGGAGAGGAGAAUGCAAAGUACUUUGCCAAAUGCAAGCGCUACGCUCUGGAAGCCGGCAUUACCCGACCAAAGGGCUACAGUGUCUCCUUCCACCUCAACCCGGACAUGGAGAACCACCAUUUCGGCAUGACCCAUCCCAUGAAGCCGUGGCGCCUGACGCUGUCCAAGAGCCUCGUCUUCUCCUACGGCAUGAACUUUGCCAUGGACAACUACACGGCCAGGCCGGCUACUUAUGAAGAACUGAACAGUUUCCACGCCGCCGACUACCUCGAUUUCCUCGGCACCGUACUCCCGGAGCCGACACCCCGCGACGUAGAGAACCCCAACCCGGAGCUCAAAUUCAACCUCGGUGGUUCCGACUGCCCAUUGUUCGAGGGCCUAUACGAGUACUGCUCCAUGUCCGGCGGUUGCUCUUUGGACGCCGCGCGCAAGAUCUGCUCCGGGCAGUCGGAUAUCGCCGUCGCGUGGGGUGGAGGGCUCCACCACGCCAAACGAUCCGAGGCGUCCGGCUUCUGCUACAUCAACGACAUCGUCCUCGCCAUCCUGCAGCUCCUGCGCUACCACCCGCGGGUCCUCUACAUCGACAUCGACGUCCACCACGGCGACGGCGUCGAAGAGGCCUUUUUUUCCACCGACCGCGUCAUGACCGUGUCCUUCCACAAGUACGACCCGUGCAACUUCUUCCCCGGCACCGGCGCCCUCGACGACAACGGCCCCAAGAACGAGCACAACCCGGGCGCCCACCACGCCAUCAACGUGCCCCUCAACGACGGCAUCACCGACGAGCAGUACGGCUGGCUCUUCGAGAACGUCAUCGGCAAGUGCAUCGAGAAGUUCCGCCCCACCGCCAUCGCCCUCCAGUGCGGCGCCGACUCGCUGGCCGGCGACCGCCUGGGCCGCUUCAACCUGCAGGUCCAGGGCCACGGCGCCUGCGUCGAGUUUUGCAAGAAGUUCGGCCUGCCCAUGAUCCUCUUCGGCGGCGGCGGGUACACGCCUAGGAACGUGGCCCGCGCCUGGGCCUACGAGACGAGCAUCGCCGCCGGCGUGCAGGACCGCAUCUCCCCCAUCAUCCCGACCCACACCCCCUGGCGCGACCAGUUUCGCUACGAGGAGCUUUUCCCGACCUUGGAACAGAUACUAGGCGAGCCCCGGGCGAAUAAGAACCCUCCCAAGCGGUUGCAGGAAAUUGUGCAACAUGUCAAUGAGCAGCUCCGCUUCGUCGAAGCCGCGCCCAGUGUACAAUACCAGGUUAUUCCGCCGGACCUGGAGGGUCUGCGGGAUGAGGUGGAAGAGAGGUUGAAGGAGGAAAGGGAGGCCAGAGAUGACAGUUUGAGGAGAGCCCAGGAGGAGGCAGUGGGGGUUCCGAUGGAGAUGUGAGGUUGCGGUUCUAUGGGCGUGAUACUCUCGGAUGUGGGCGCCGCCCAUUUCUUCUUCUUCUUGUCUUUAUUGCCGUUUGUUCUGGACAUGGCUUGUACAAGCCCAAGGGUCUAUGGUAAAGGGACUCCAGCAGUCGGUCGGCAUGGCGUUAGGUAGGGUUACCAAGAUGGGGAGUCAGGGAACGUGCAAUUGUGUCUGCGGUUUCUGGGUACGGUAUGUGCGAAUCACAAAUCCCAGGGCUAUAGAAGUUACAACAUGGGUAACAGUUUGUCUGUAUAUAUACGUGUAAAUGUGAUCGGCCUUGUGGACGUCGCCUUUCCAAAUCAAUGGU